GAUGGGAAAAAAUAAUUUGGCAACAGCGAUUUUGGUUUUCCGUCAAAUCAUACAGUAAAAAUGUACCAAUAAUGAUAAUGUCAAACACUACAUUACUCCUUUUAAAAUCAUGUUCAAAAUUUAAAAAAUAACAUCUUCUUCAUCAACUAAAGUAAACCAGCUUCAAGCCCCGCGAAAUUUCAAAUCCAAAAUUACAUAAGAGGUAUAUUUUGUAAUGUGCUCCCUCGAAAAUUUCGCUCAAAAAGGAAAGAAAAUUAUAGGAAUCGCAGCUAAUUAUCAUGAGCUGAUAAAAAUUUUGAAAAUUCCAAUACCUGAGAAACCUGGUGUGUUCUUGAAACCUCCAACUAGUUACAUAGUUGAAGGAGAAACGAUUAGGCUACCCAAAGAAUUUGAAGUAAACGAGGAGGUCGAAUUGGGUGUAGUAAUAGGAAAGGCAGCAAAACAUGUCAGUGUAUGUGACGCUAUGGAAUAUGUAGGCGGUUAUUGUGUAGCCCUAGAUAUGACCGCAACUUGCCAAAUUAAAGCAGCUAGACAAAAUGGUCAGUCAUGGACAAUAGCAAAGGGAUUCGACACAGCUUGUCCAGUCAGCAAAUUUAUUCCUAAAAGCUGCAUUUCCGAUCCGGGAAACGUGGAAUUGUGGUGCAACGUCAACGGGAAAUGUCGUCAAAGAGGCAACACCAGCGACUUGGUGUUCAACGUGCCCUUUUUAGUUUCGUAUCUAUCCAAGUACAUGACUCUGGAACCAAACGAUUUGAUUGUGACUGGGUCGCCGCCGGGUAUGGGUCCGGUGUUUCCCGGGGAUGUCAUCGAAGGUGGCAUUAAAAAUAUUGCCGAAUUUAAAUUUAAGGUGGAACAUGACAAAUAAAAGGACGUGAUUUA